UUUGAACACAACUUUGAUAUUGCACAUAGUGGAAAAACACUAAAAUUGUGCUUCAACGAUACAUAUCACGCCGCGCCUUGAAAAUUGACCUUAUAUGGACAGCUCGAAGUCGUCGAGAAAGUACGAGACGAAGAGUGUGUGAUAUUCGCAAACGCAAAUUUCGAAAAACGAAAGAAUGGCGGCGAUCAGUUUAUUGAAUCCGAAAGCCGAGUUUGCCCGGGCGGCUCAAGCACUAGCGGUGAACAUCACCGCCGCGAAGGGGAUUCAGGAUGUGAUGAAGACCAAUUUAGGACCCAAGGGGACCAUGAAGAUGUUGGUUUCUGGAGCUGGAGAUAUAAAAAUCACCAAGGAUGGCAAUGUACUUCUACAUGAAAUGCAAAUUCAGCAUCCUACAGCAUCCUUAAUAGCAAGAGCGUCUACAGCUCAAGACGAUAUGACUGGUGACGGUACAACCAGCACUGUGCUAGUCAUUGGUGAACUUUUGAAGCAAGCUGAUCUAUAUAUAACAGAGGGAUUACAUCCUAGAGUGAUUGCCGAUGGUUUUGACUUAGCUCGUGCUAAGGCAUUAGAAGUAUUGGAUACGUUGAAAAUUUCAAUCGAGCCCGUCAAGACGAGCUUAUUGGACAUUGCAAGGACCUCGCUUAGGACAAAAGUUCAUCACACUGUAGCUGACAAGUUAACUGAGAUUUGCGUGGAUGCUGUAUUGGCUAUUAAGCAAGAGGAUAAAGAGAUAGACUUGCAUAUGAUUGAAUUAAUGGAGAUGCAACAUAGAACGGCAAUUGAUACUACUCUAAUUCGUGGCAUAGUCACUGAUCAUGGAGCCAGGCAUCCGGACAUGCCAAAGAGAGUAGAGAAUGCUUACAUUCUGACCUGUAAUGUGAGCUUAGAAUAUGAAAAAAGUGAGGUGAACAGUGGAUUCUUUUAUAAAUCAGCUGAGGAGCGCGAAAAAUUGGUGGCCGCUGAACGUGUGUUUAUCGAUAAUCGUGUGAAGAAGAUAAUCGAAUUGAAGAAGAAAUUGUGCGAUGGAACGGAUAAAUCGUUCGUCGUGAUAAAUCAAAAAGGAAUAGAUCCGCAGUCCCUAGAUAUGCUCGCAAAGGAGAACAUUGUCGCUUUGCGUAGAGCCAAGCGCAGAAACAUGGAGCGUUUAGCGCUUGCAUGUGGUGGUGUAGCCAUGAAUUCUGUAGAUGAUCUGAAAGAAGAACAUUUGGGAUGGGCUGGCCUUGUAUAUGAACAUGUGCUGGGAGAAAACAAGUACACUUUCAUAGAAGAGUGCAAAAAGCCAAACUCUGUAACAAUUUUAUUAAAGGGACCUAAUAAAUUUACAGUAGAACAAUUAAAAGAUGCUGUACGUGAUGGACUUAGGGCAAUAAAGAAUGCUAUCGACGACGGUGCAAUCGUGCCAGGAGGUGGAGCCUUUGAGGUUGCAGCUAGCCAAGCUCUUCAACGGUAUAAAGAACAAGUAAAGGGAAAGCAACGUCUGGGAGUACAAGCUUAUGCGGAAGCUUUACUUGUCAUUCCAAAAAUUCUUGCUGUUAAUAGUGGAUUUGAUCCGCAAGAUACAAUUGUUAAAUUAUUAGAGGAGAGCACUGCUCUAGAAGAAGCUGUAGGGUUGGAUUUGUCCACAGGAGAAGCUAUAAAACCCGCGGAUGCUGGCAUUUAUGAUAAUUACAAUGUAAAGAAACAAAUUAUCAAUUCUUGUACAAUAAUCGCCAGUAAUCUUCUUCUGGUUGACGAAAUAAUGAGAGCAGGAUUAUCUUCGCUAAAGGGUUAAUAACUCUUAUGAGAUACAGAAUUUAAGAAUUAUUAACCAUUUUUUUUCACAAAAUUAAUUAAAUUACUGGAUUAUUAUUCAUGUUGCAUUAUGUCUGUUAACUGAAUUCGUCGCUUAUAUCGCUUCUAAUGUGAAUAUUUAAUAUGAUAAUGAAUUUUCACACUGAACUUAAUAAAGUAAUGCUUUUGUAUAAAAUA